AUGGAAAUAGAAGAAGAAAAUCGAAGCCCAAAGCCUAGCAAUUUGAAGCGUUUUGGUCUGAAAAACUCAAUCCAGACGAAUUUCGGAGAUGAUUACGUCUUUCAGAUCGUCAACAAGCACGACUGGACGUCGAUGGCGGUCUCGCUCUCGACGAAUGCUGUCAAGUUGUACUCGCCGCUUGCCGGACAGUACCUUGGGGAGUUCAAAGGUCAUUCUUCAACCAUCAAUCAGAUUUCGUUCGCGGGGCCGUCGGCUCCGCAUGUGUUGUACUCUUGCUCGUCCGAUUGUACUCUGCGAGCUUGGGAUUCAAGGUCUUUCCGACAGGUGUCCUGCAUAAAUACAGGGCCUUCACAAGAGGUUUUCAGCUUCUCUUUUGGUGGGCCCGGUGAUAAUCUUCUUGCAGCAGGAUGUAAGUCUCAGGUACUAUUUUGGGAUUGGAGGACAAUGAAGCAGACGGCGUGUUUGGAAGAAUCUCACACAGAGGAUGUUACACAGGUUCACUUUGUUCCUGGUCAUUCAAACAAGCUUGUUUCUGGUUCAGUCGAUGGAUUAAUGUGUCUGUUUGAUACCAGCGGAGAUAUAAAUGACGAUGAUCAUUUAAUAUCAGUGUACAACGUAGGAACUUCAAUUGGAAAAGUGGGGUUUUUUGGAGAGGCAAAUCAGAAGUUGUGGUGCUUGACACAUAUGGAAACCUUGAGUGUUUGGGAUUGGAAUAACGCGACAGCUGAAGCCACAUUUGAAGAUGCUCGAGGUUUGGCAUCCGACAGCUGGACUUUAGAUCAUGUUGAUUAUUUUGUGGACUGUCAUUAUUCAACCGAGGAGGAUCGUUUAUGGGUUAUUGGAGGCACGAAUGGUGGCACGUUCGGAUACUUUCCGGUCAGUUAUGGAAGUGCAAAGACAAUUGGUUCUCCAGAGGCGGUUUUUCAUGGUGGCCAUACCGGGAUUUUAAGGACUGUGUUGCCUAUGUCAAGCAUAAUUUGCAGGAAUUCGAGGAACAAUGGUAUCUUUGGAUGGUCGGGCGGUGAAGAUGGCCGAAUGUGUUGCUGGUUAUCAGACGACAUGGGAGAGACUAACUGUUCGUGGGUUUCGAGUGCUUUGGUUGAAAAAUCUUCGAAAACCAAGAGGAAAAUGAGGCAUAGUCCUUACUCCAGAGCUUGA